CUUCUAAUUAAAUUCUUCGAGUGUUUCUUUCCUUUGCUUUCUCUGGCGUCGGAGUUUUGGAGUUUUGGCGGCAUUGUACCAACAAUUUCCUACUCUCAACAGUUCACUGCGAUCCAGCCUGUUUUCUCCGUCCAAUUUCUCAUUUCAGGGCGCCAACCUUGAUCUCCCAAAACUUCUCUCCAAUUCAGAAAUGGCAACUACUUUACGCUUGUAUUUGACGUGCAUACGAAACACUCUUGAGGCCGCCAUGUGCCUUCAGAAUUUUCCUUGUCAAGAAGUUGAAAGACACAACAAGCCUGAAGUUGAACUAAAGACCAGCUCAGAACUUCUUCUCAAUCCUAUCUUAAUAUGUAGAAAUGAGUCAGAGAAGUGUUUGAUUGAGACAUCUAUAAACUCUCUCCGUAUCAGUCUCAAGGUUAGGCAGACAGAUGAACUAGAGAAUAUCCUAACUAAAAAGUUCCUUCGAUUUCUGUCAAUGAGGGCAGAAGCUUUCCAGGUGUUGAGAAGAAAACCUGUACAGGGAUACGACAUUAGCUUUCUUAUAACGAACUAUCAUUGUGAGGACAUGCAGAAGCAAAAACUCAUUGAUUUUAUUGUACAGUUUAUGGAGGAUAUUGAUAAAGAGAUUAGUGAACUUAAAAUGUCCGUGAACACUCGAGGAAGGCUUGUAGCAACAGAGUUUCUAAAGCAAUUCCUAUGAUGUCUCUUUCUCUAUCUAGUAGACUAUUCCUCAACAUAGCUUGUAUCCCAAACAACGGAUUGUUUGUGGCAUGAGUAAAACACCGAUAAAAUGGGGGUUCUUCGCUAAACGAAAUGGCUAACCUGCUGAAUAAAACAGAAUACUCAAAAGUGUCCCCAACGUGUCCGGACGAAUUCAUGUCCCCCAAGUGUGCGACAUCGAUACUAGCUCUAAUAUGAAGUAUCCGUGCUUCUUCGCAAACAGAGUAACCACUAAGCUACCUACAAGUAUUAAAAAUUAAAUAGAAAAUUAAAUAGUUUUCUUUAUAUAUAUUAUACAAAGACGAUAAACUUGAAUGGGGUUCGAACUAAAUUCAUUGGUGCUUUGAUAUGGUCACUAUUCGAAGCAGCAAGAACCAUGGCUUGAGAAUUAAUGACCCUCAAGGAUGCCAGCUUCAAGUUGCAAAGAACACGUACCUUCCGGUUCCUACAACUGAAAAUUUCUUGGAUUUAGUUUUGAAAAAACCUAACAUUUACAAUUUAAGUGAAAACAAAAAGGGAUAGCUUUUAUUUUCUCUAAACAAAAACCUAUAUCUCUUCAAUUGGUAUGUACUUGACUAAUCCGCUCA